CGAUACCGCUGAUCCCGGGACAGGCUCAGCUUUGAAACUAAAAAGAUUUCUCUUCAAAUUUUUACAGUAAUUCUCCAAUAUUUAGAUCUCUUCUCGUUAACAACACAAAUUUUUAAGGUUAAGUGCGCCGAGAUGAGUUUAUUUCUAAAGAGAAUGCAAAGUAGUUGUUGCGGUGUCAACAGUGGAAAUAUCGCUAAUAGGCUUUGUGGCGCAAGGGUCCUAAACUCACAUGUGGUCUUUAAUAGAGCUAGUCUCUGCAGAAACUAUGCAACAAGCAAGGAUGACCUAAAGAGGACUCCUCUUUAUGACUUUCAUCUUGAAAAUGGAGGCAAAAUGGUGGAUUUCUGUGGCUGGUCUAUGCCAGUCCAGUAUCAAGAUGGAGUCCUUCAGUCUCACCUACAUGUGCGCCAGCAUGCUGCUAUCUUUGACGUCUCGCAUAUGCUUCAGUUCAAACUCCAUGGGAAAGACCGUACGAAGUUUCUGGAGGAUCUGGUCGUGGCAGACGUCCAAGGACUUCAGAGUAAUACAGGAACUCUGUCAUUGUUUACAAAUGAUAAUGGCGGCAUAAGGGAUGACUUGAUAAUCAAUAAGUUGGAUGAUGUAAUCUAUGUGGUCUCAAAUGCUGGAUGUGCUGAUAAAAUAACUCAACAUUUAAAGGACAGAUUGGAUGCAGUAUCAGGAAAUCUUGAUGUCGCAUUAGAAAUAUUAGAAGACAAAGCUUUAGUAGCUUUGCAGGGUCCAAAGGCUGCUCAGGUUUUGCAAGGAGGGGUUGAUGGUGAUCUAUCUCAUCUGACCUUUAUGCAUGGUGUUUCUACAAGUGUUUAUGGAUUAAAAGAUGUGCGUGUUACAAGGUGUGGCUACACAGGGGAAGACGGAUUUGAGCUCUCUGUUGAUAAAGACAGGGUUGUGGACCUCUGCAGAUCACUGAUGAGCCGACAGGAAGCUGAAGUAAAGCUUGCCGGGCUUGGUGCACGGGACAGUCUACGCUUAGAAGCGGGGCUUUGUCUGUAUGGGAAUGACAUUGACGAAGACACAACGCCAGUGGAGGCCGUAUUAGUCUGGACUAUUGGCAAGAGGAGGAGGGCAGAGGCUAGCUUUCCUGGUGCCAAGAUCAUCUUACAGCAAAUUAAAGACAAGCCAAAGAGAAGGAGGGUGGGGCUGGUGUCCGCUGGCCCCCCGGCUAGAGCUGGAACUAAAGUCUUAGAUGGAGAAGGCCAGGAAGUUGGGGUGGUCACAAGUGGCUGCCCAUCACCGAGCUCAAAGCAGAAUAUAGCCAUGGCGUACAUCUCAACACCACAGUCUAAAAUAGGAACUGCUCUUCAACUAUCAGUCUACAAGAAGAAAGUCCCCGCCACUGUUGCCAAAAUGCCAUUUGUGCCAACCAACUAUUUCUUGGGAAAUAAGUGAAAUUUGCCUGACAGCGGCAUUUAUUCCAUGGCCAACAGGAACUCGACUACCCAACCCCCCAUCAUGGUAAUUAGGGACAUUGACACAAACACAGAGUAUGACAGAUUGAUAGGUUAAUGGUCGCCGAGACACCUCUAUAUACCAUGGGGCAAAUCAAGUAUAAUAAGGAAUGACUUUUUUGGAAAUAUCUGAGUAGGACUAGUUGUCACUUCUUUACAAAAGCCAUAAUAAAAGGGAUGUGUCACAGGGACAAAAGCCACAGAAGGGGUCUGUCACAGGGGCUGUCGUAUCACCCUAAUCUCCCCCUGGAUCUAUUGGGCUCCGUUUGAAAAGUUGACAAGGUAUUGGGUAGGAAAUUGACUAAAAGUUCUAAUUUUGUUACUAAAAUAUAAAAAUUUCAGUCAAUAUUGUGCAGUAUGUAAAUAAAGGCAUUUCCCACAUUUUAAUGCCCAAGGAUUUUGAAAAUUACCAAACUAAUAAUUAAUUUCAGAGUUUGUGAGUUUUUCUUUAAUCCUCAGACCUGACUGAAAGGAUCAGACAAUAGACAAUUAAUUGCUUGAGGUUCCUUAAUGUGAACAAUAAUGAAAAUGAUAAUAAAAACAGAUUGUUGGA